AUGCUCAUUUCUUGUCUAGCUGCUUCAGACAUCACAGAGGACCCGAAAAGUGUUGAUUUAGUGAUGGGAUACAUAGGAGGACAUGGUGUAGCAGCUCUUCAUAGAUACAAAUACAGUGGUGUUGAUCACUCUUAUCUUUACAAAUACAUUUUCAACCCUUUUUGGACUCGUCUUGUCAACAUCUUCCCUCUUUGGAUGCCACCUAACAUGAUAACACUUAUGGGGUUCAUGUUUCUCGUCACUUCUGCUCUCUUAGGCUAUGUAUACUCACCUCUGUUGGAUUCUCCUCCUCCUCGUUGGGUUCACUUCGCACAUGGACUGCUUCUGUUUUUGUAUCAGACAUUUGAUGGGCUUGAUGGGAAGCAAGCACGGAGGACAAACUCCUCUAGCCCACUAGGAGAGCUUUUUGAUCAUGGUACUUAUAAGUUCAUACUAAAAAUACAGUUUGAAACAAUGGCAUAUGGAAGCACUGCUAUGUGUGGAAGAGAUACUUUCUGGUUUUGGGUUAUUGCAGCUGUUCCUUUCUUUGGAGCAACAUGGGAACACUAUUUCACCAAUACACUUAUUCUUCCGGUAGUCAAUGGUCCUACAGAAGGUCUUGCACUUAUAUACUGUGGUCACUUCUUCACAGCCAUUGUUGGUGCUGAAUGGUGGGCUCAGCAGUUUGGGAAGUCGAUUCCUUUAUUGAGUUGGGUGCCAAUUCUGAACGAGAUACAAAUGUCCAGAGUAGUGUUAUUCACAAUGAUUGUUUUUGCUGUUAUACCCACCGUUGCAUUCAAUGUGUAUAAUGUUUACAAAGUUGUGCAGUCAAGAAAAGGAAGCAUGCUUCUAGCACUAGCUAUGCUAUAUCCCUUCGUUGUGCUACUUGCAGGAGUGUUAACUUGGGAUUACUUGUCUCCAGUUGAUCUCAUAAGAAACUACCCUCACUUGGUUGUAUUGGGAACCGGUCUUGCAUUUGGAUUCCUUGUGGGAAGAAUGAUUCUAGCUCAUUUAUGUGAUGAACCAAAAGGAUUAAAAACAAACAUGUGUAUGUCACUGCUGUACCUUCCCUUUGCACUAGCCAAUGCUCUAACAGCUAGACUCAACGAUGGGGUUCCGCUUGUGGAUGAGUUUUGGGUUCUUCUUGGUUAUUGUAUAUUCACAACGGCACUAUAUUUGCAUUUUGCAACUUCAGUCAUUCAUGAGAUCACUACUGCACUUGGAAUCUAUUGCUUCAGGAUUACGCCUAAAGAAGCUUGAAGGAAACAUUUAAAUGAAAAUGGGUUUUCAGGGAGGAUAAUGCAAAUCCCAACAGGAAUCUGAAUAUUUUUUCUACUCAAACUGAUUAUCUUUUUGGAUGUAUACCCAUUAAUGUUUUUUUAUUUUUGUUUGUUUUUCUUGUUUGGUUAAAAUAGUUCAUUCAUGUAGAACCUUUAUGUAACGUUUCUAAUGAAAAG